AUGACGGCUGGACUCUUUAGCCCCAGUAAGGCUGGCCUAAGUCUGCGGCCACCGACACAUCCAUUCCCUGGCACUCCUGACGGCUACUCUCGUGACAAACAUAACGCGCUUAUCAGGUUGAAAGGGCUAGGCCGAACUGAGUGCUUGGGCGAAGGGAAGACUCCUGAGCAAGCUCUUUCCGCUCCUCUCCGUCUUUACUCGUUGUGGUACUCCGCAGAGAGGGGAAAAAGGGCCCCAAGCUGGGUGGAUAUCACUGCGUCCCAACGCAAGAAAUACGGCAGGCCCGAGCCUCGAUUUGUCGAUAGUUCGCCGAAUAGGCUAUCUUCACCGGCCCGUUUCGUCAAGAGACUCAUGACCGUUCUUGCUAGAUGGGAGCGCUUCCCUAAUGACCUCAUCAGUCUCCAGCGACUUUCACGUGGCCGUAGCACUCCACUUGAGUACAGGAGCUCAAGAUGGGGCGCUCUCCGUACAGGGAACCAGCCUCAGGACGAGGCCACCGUUAGAAGCCAAGGGGUCGCCAGUGUUGCAUUUAGGCUGCUAGAGGCUGCUAGAAGCUGCUGA